AUGGGAAAUAGACUCUCGGACCAGACGCCGAUCCUCUCCAGCCUGCCUUCCUUCCAGAGCUUUCACAUCGUCAUCCUGAGGCUAGACUGCGCUGGGAAGAUGAUAGUACUCUACAGACUGCAGUUCAAUAAGUUCGUCAACACUGUCCCCACUAAAGGAUUUAACACGGAGAAAAUCAAAGUGACGCUGGGCAACUCAAAGACGGUCACUUUCCACUUCUGGGAUGUAGGCAGCCAGGAAAAGCUGAAGCCGCUGUGGAAGUCGUACACAAGGUGCACUGAUGGCAUCGUGUUUGUGGUAGACUCUGUCGACGUUGAGAAGAUGGAGGAGGCCAAAACAGAACUACAUAAGAUUACUAGGCUGUCUAAGAAUCAAGGUGUGCCUGUCCUUAUCAUUGCUAACAAGCAGGACCUAAGGAACUCCCUCUCCCUACAGGGAGAGAAAAUGUUAGCAAUGAGUGAGCUGAGUUCUUCAACACCCCGGCAUUUGCAGCCUACCUGUGCAAUCAUUAGAGACUGA